GAAGAAGAAGAAGAAGAAGAAGAACGCACAGUAAACUUGCAGAGCAGCCGUUGGACUUCUUCGUUAGCUGUUAACAUUCCUAUAUAAGACAGCGAUAAAACCACGCGACUGUGUAGCUUUAGACUUAUACACGUCCUAGUUUUGUUGUUGACCGUUAGGUAGUUGAUCAUGAACGUGGCUAAAAGUGGUUAUCGUGUUUUCUCGGCCAACUCUACGCCCGCGUGCACAGAGCUCUCUAAGAAGAUUACUGAGCGUCUUGGAGUCGAGCUGGGGAAAUCUGUUGUUUACCAGGAGUCAAACAGAGAACAGUUAGCUGAAGUCCAUUUGUCUGUGUCCGUCAGAGAUGUUAACACUGCUAUUAUGGAGCUGCUGAUCAUGGCCUAUGCACUGAAGACCUCCUGUGCCAAGAACAUCAUCGGCGUGAUCCCGUACUUCCCCUACAGUAAACAGUGUAAGAUGAGGAAGAGAGGAUCUAUAGUGUGCAAACUGCUCGCUUCCAUGUUGGCUAAAGCAGGUCUGACUCAUAUAAUCACCAUGGAUCUGCACCAGAAAGAGAUCCAGGGCUUCUUUACUUUCCCUGUGGACAACCUGCGGGCUUCUCCAUUCCUGGUGCAGUACAUUCAGGAGGAGAUUCCUGAUUAUAGAAACGCUAUCAUUGUAGCCAAGUCCCCAUCUGCUGCAAAAAGGGCUCAGUCGUUUGCAGAGCGUCUGCGUCUUGGUCUGGCCGUCAUGCACGGAGAAGCACAGUGUUCGGAGUCCGACAUGGCAGAUGGGCGGCAUUCUCCUCCAUGUGUCCGCAACACCAUUGGGCACCCCGGCUUGGAGUUGCCAUUAAUGAUGGCCAAGGAGAAACCGCCCAUCACUGUUGUCGGAGAUGUUGGAGGCCGCAUCGCCAUCAUUGUCGAUGACAUCAUUGAUGAUGUGGAGGACUUUGUGGCAACAGCUGAGAUUCUGAAAGAGAGAGGAGCUUAUAAGAUCUACAUCAUGGCCACCCACGGCCUCUUGUCUGCAGACGCCCCGCGCCUCAUCGAGGAGUCCGCCAUAGACGAAGUGGUGGUGACCAACACUGUCCCUCAUGAAGUGCAAAAGCUGCAGUGUCCUAAGAUCAAGACAGUGGAUGUCAGUAUGAUCCUGGCCGAGGCUAUCCGACGCAUUCACAACGGGGAGUCCAUGGCCUACCUGUUCCGCAAUAUCACAGUAGACGACUAGCCAACAAACAGAUGAUCGGGAUCACUGACGGAUGGAGAAAACAUGCACCAGCUCUGCCCCCGCACGUCCCAGUACUUCCUCUGUGUGCAUUUGUCUCUGCCGUCGAGCCGCCGCUCAAUGUUCAUUUGAAGCACAGCUACACUUCUUUCUUUUAACAUCACCUUCCACUUCUCUGUGUUCCUCAAUUGUACACCGACUAGCCGUUUCCCAGUGCCUCACUCUGAGAGCGAGCGAGUGGUUGCUAUGGCAACCUUUUUCAGAGCUGUUUUAGCUAUAUUUUUGCAGUAGUGCAAAUAUGGGCCAACCUUACGGAGGACAUACAGUUUUGCUACAGUGUAUUGUAUCUGCUGUUGCUUUGCAAUCUUAUUUUUGUAAAUAA